CAUCCUCUCGUCUUAAGUAGAUGAUUACAGCAAUCUCAAAAGAAUCCCAAAAGAAACCAAGUCAGAUCUGUUUCUUCAAAAUAAGGCCUAUGUCAAGUCACUUUUUACUUAGAAGCGGCUGACCUCUGUGGCGACAUGGCGGCCCCGGACUUCUGGGGCAGUGGGCCAGAGCCGGAUGUACGCAGGAGCAAGAGUCUUGUGGAAGAGGAGCUCUUGAUCAAACUGGGAGCCAAGAAGGAAGUUAUCGAGUUCCAUCCCCUCAUCUUAUCCUCUCGCCCAGCGAGAGCCAAGUCGUCCAUCAACUUCAAGUACUCCCGCGUGUGUCCGCCCGCUGUAGAAAGAAGCACUGUCACAAAAAGUCCUUGGUACUGCGAUGUUCCAGCUAUGCGACAAAUCUCAGAUAGAACCCGCCAAGGUCCCCGCGACUUCAUCCUCCCAAGCCUACCUCCUCGGAGCAAAGAUGUAAAAACGGUGCCGGUACCCCUGUCUGACGAGGACUAUCAAAGAAGAAGGUGGGUUAGGGUAAAUGUUGUUGUUAUUAUUGUUAUGGAUACGAUUAAAAGGUCUGUUUUUACUAUUACUAUGCCCAAAAAUGAUGGCGAAAUCGCAAUGGCUGUUUUGGACGAUAUUACAAAAAAUGAAAAUAAUGUUUGA